AUGAAUGUUGAUGAGGCAAUCAAUGUGAAACCAUUGUCUGAUUAUGAAGCUCUCAACAUGUUCAAGGAAAAAGUAGGCGAGUGUAUUAGUAACUUCCCAAAAGUUACACAAGUGGCCCAGGUGGUGGUUAAAGAGUGUGGGGGUUUGCCGCUACUGAUAGACAAAUUGGCAAAAGCCUUCAAAAAAAGCAGUGGGAACAAGAAAAGCGUUAAGAUGACCAAAGUGCUUCGGGAAAUGGCCCUUAAAAUAUCACAACAAAGGGAAGAUUCCAAAUUUUUAGCAAAGCCACGUGAGGGAUUGAAAGAGCCUCCAAAUCCUGAAGAAUGGAAACAGGUAUAUCGCAUCUCUUUGAUGGAUAACGAACUGCACAGUUUACCAGAAGCUCUAGACUGUUGUGAUCUUGUAACAUUGUUACUUCAAAGGAAUAAGAACUUGGUUGCCAUUCCUGAGUUCUUCUUUACAUCAAUGUGCCAUCUUCGAGUUCUGGAUUUGCAUGGCACGGGCAUCACAUCAUUACCUUCAUCUUUAUGCAACUUGAUUGGUCUUAGAGUACUUUAUCUGAAUUCUUGCAUCCAUUUGGUAGGACUCCCAACUGACAUAGAAGCGCUUAAGCAGCUUGAGGGGAAGCCAAACUCAGAACCAAUCAGGAAAUGUUUCAAGCUUUGUUUCCUUGGAAGAGUUCGCUCCAGCCCAGCAUGGAAAGAUUUCUUUGUCAGGACCAGCCCAGCUUGGGAAGAUCUCUCUUUCACAUUCCAAUUUGCUGUUGGCUACAAUUGUCUGAAAUUCAUCAAUGGCGAAGGCAUUAAUCCUGUAAUCUCCAAGGUACUUGCAAAAACUCAUGCAUUUGGACUAAUUAGCCACAAGGGAGUUUCAAGGCUAUCAGAUUUUGGUAUCGAGAACAUGAAUGAUCUCUUUAUUUGUUCAAUUGAAGGAUGCAAUGAAAUUGAAACCAUCAUCAAUGGUACUGGAAUAACAAAAAGUGUGUUUGAAUAUUUGCACCAUUUGCACAUAAAGAAUGUCUUAAAAUUGGAAAGCAUUUGGCAGGGCCCUGUUCAUGCUGAAAGUUUGACUCUUUUAAGGACUCUAGUCUUACUUAGAUGUCCACAGUUGAAGAAGAUAUUCUCUAAUGGCAUGAUUCAGCAGCUUUCUAAGCUGGAGGACUUGAGAGUUGAAGAAUGUGAUCAAAUUGAAGAGAUAAUAAUGAAAUCGGAGAACAAUGGAUUAGAAGCCAACCAACUUCCAAGACUGAAGACCCUAACACUCCUUAAUCUCCCAAGACUGAGAAGCAUUUGGGUUGAUGAUUCACUGGAGUGGCGAUCUUUACAGAGAAUUGAAAUAUCUAUGUGUCACAUGUUGAAGAGAUUGCCUUUCAACAAUGCCAAUGCAACCAAAUUGAGAUGCAUAGAAGGGCAGCAAGCAUGGUGGGAAGCACUACAAUGGAUGGAUGACGGUGCCAUUAAACAGAGAUUAGAGUCUCUUUGCAUGCUCAACUAG